GUGUAUGUGAAAAAAUAUAUUUUCUGUGAAGUUUUGUGUAAUCUUGUGUGUUUAUUUGAAAAUGUUGUCGAUGUUUAGAUCAACAUGACUCAUUUGUCGUUUUGUUUUGGUAUUUCGUGACGGGUACAAGAGAACACGGUUGCUAAACGUUUUUUUUUUCUUAGUAGGCAAAAGAUGCGGCUAAAGUUGCUCCUUGCGCUCUGCCUUGUCUAUGCGUCGGCGCAAGCGCAGGACGAGAGCUGCCGGUCUGCAGACCAAGACCCGUACCUGCUGUUCGGCACCAAGACUGCCUACACCUUCGCCAACAGGGGCAUCCCUGUCAGCAGAGCUCAUGAUGUACCUGGUUGCCAACCCAUCGCAAUCUGGAUGCUCAACCGCCAUGGCUCGCACAACCCCGAAGCGGACGAGUUCGCAGAGUUGCAGAAACUUGUUAUUUUCAAAAACAACGUCGUCAUCAAUUACAGAAAUGGCAACUUUAGAAACACAAAUCUCCGAAUGUGCAGUUCUGACGUGAACCUUCUCGAGAGAUGGGAGUGGAACCCUCGGCUGAACAUUUCGUUUGCGGGAGACCUCACCAGCGACGGCUAUAUGUCCACACAACAGCUCGCGCAGGCUUGGAAACAGAGGUUCCCUGGACUGCUGACUGACAAUGUGCAUGACUAUCUGUUUAAAUACGUAAACGAUCAGCGUUCAAGCACCACAUUUAAGGCUUUUACAGAAGGUCUGUUCAGAGCGCAGGCGGACAACAUCGAUAUAUCAAAGGAAACCGACGAAAAAUUGCUACGGCCAUACAAAUACUGUCCCUCUUGGAAUGCUAAUGUCGAAGAGAAUGCAGACACAUUGUUGCAACAGCAUACUUUCGAGUCCAGUCAGGAAUAUAAAGAUAUGUUGAACAACAUAUCGCGGCGCCUCGGCUUCAACUACGACAUCGAGAGAGAUGUUCUACACAACAUGUACCAAAUGUGUCGCUACAACAAAGCGUGGCAGGUCGCGCAGAUCUCGCCUUGGUGUGCGGUUUUCACAAAAGACGAUCUCAAGCGUCUGGAAUAUUUGGAAGACUUGCAAACGUACUACAAAUAUGGCUACGGGUCGCCGAAGAAUCAGGAAAUCGGCUGCACCGGUGUUAAAGACAUGAUGACUUUCUUCAACACACACGUUGAUAAUGAGAAGCCCCAACAGCCGCGCGCCAUCGUCCACUUCACCGAGGCGCCCAUGCUGCUGCUCACGCUGCAAGCGCUGGGCGCGCGCCGCGACGCUGCUCCACUCACCGCCGCCGGCUACCACACCGCGCCCGCGCAGAGCCGCAAGUGGAGCUCCUCAGCCAUGGCGCCCUACAACGCCAACCUCGCCGCCGUGCUAUACAAGUGCACACCGAAUAGCAACUUCCAGAUCAACGACCCGUACCAAGUCCUGUUCCUUGAGAAUGAGAGACCCCUUUACUUGGAAGAGUGCAGAGUUGGACUUUGCAAUUGGACUUUCGUAAAGAAUCGCUUCGGACUUAUCGCCGAUAACUGCAACCUUGACUUCUGCAAUGGGGGCGCUACUAAAAUCAACGGUAUUCUCAGUUUUAGUUUAGCUUUAGUAAUUUUGACCAAAGUAUUUAAUUAGAGUAUUUUAUUUUUACAUAAAUUAAAUUAAACGUUGCAAUAUUAUAAGUUUAGUAACGAAAUUACAAAGCGGAGAGGUUAUAAAUGUAUUUGAAUAUGCAAUUUGGAAAAGGGCACAUGUCUGAUAUUCUGUACAUACAUCUCACAAAUAUAAAAUAUAUAACAACAUAUUUAGAUUAAUAAACAAAAAAGUAAUUUUCCAAGGCUAAUUAUCACCAAAAUGUAGGUAACAUAAUAGUUACUUUUAGAAAUUAUACACUUGUUUGGAUAAUAAUUGUUUUUUUUUAAUUCCUCGAUAUUUUAAAUUUUGAGACUUGUGCCCUUUUCGAAAUUGCAUAUUCAUUUGAUUCUGUUAAAUAAUAAUAAUUAUGACUACGCAUCAUUAAGAUAUGAUUUCAUUACACAUGCUCAUUUCAAGCACGAAAGCAUGCAACUAUUGAGCAGUUGCUGCUUAUUAGCAUGUGUAUCGCAACAUUGCUAAUAAUGAGCAUUCGAGUUUGCUCAAGAAUCAACAGUCUUGCGAUUUAUGAGCAUGCUACUUGCUGCGCGGGUGGAAUGGGGCGUGCUUUUAGCGCGUCUGAACAGGUUUGCUUAUUGAGUAUGCUAGUCGAUCAGCAUUGCUAUUUUGUAUUCUCUUCACCUUCAUUGCUCCCUGUCUAACACGAUACUAUAGACAGAGAGCGAUAGAUACAAAUUAGCAUGCGUAAUUAGAAUGUUUGCUUUGAGCAUGCUCAUUCAGGAGCAUACUUAAAAAUAGUAUGCAUAUUGCUAGCAAAUUUAAACUGAUGAGCAUGCUCGUAUGGAGCAUACUUAAUAGCACGUUUUAGCAUGCUAUCCUAGACCUUUAGUAAGUAUUGGGCAUCUGUAAUGAGGUAAAUAUGAAAGUAAUGUUAAGUUAAAUUUAAAAAAAAAUUGUAAGAAAUAGACAACCAAUCCUUGAUUCUGAUUGCAAUGCGUUUUUACUAGAUCAUAAAGUUGUUCUAUAUGUAUAAAUUCUAAAACAAUAGAGACAAUGACACAGCACGAGAUCCGGCAUAUGGUAUAUACUUAUAGGGUGCUCGGGAGUAGUUCCCAUAAUUCUUGGGUUACACAGGGUGCUCGAGAGUAUUUCCUAUAACUCUAGGGUUACACAGGGUACUCGGGACCCGACUUCAUCCUCAAAAUUAGAAACCUAUUGUCUAUGUAGUUUGCACAUAAAUGUAGGUAAAUAAAUUACAUUAAACCCUAAUUAUAAGUACUUAAUGAAGUAGGUAAUUAUUAAAAUUGUGUAUUACCUUUGUUAGUUAGCGCUUGUUUACAAAAACCCCUUUGCUUUGUUCAACGUCAGUGUAUUAUAAAACUGUUUUAUAUUAAUACUACUUAUGUUUUUUUUAAUGGUUAUUAAUUAUUAAGUACUUUUACUUAUAGUUAAUUUGUAUUUCUUUAUGUUAGAUAUGUUGUAAUUAAUGUAUAGUACGAGAUCUGGCAUAUAUAAUAUAGGUAUACCCUCAUCUGUUAUUUGUUUGGUGUAAGAAAUAUAUGAUAGAAAAUAUUCACAUUGACACAUUGCACAUAGGUUGCUUAGUUAAAUUGUGACUGGAUUAAAUGAUUAUUUUUUAAUCUCCUUCCCUCAUAGGAAUAUUUUUAAAAACUGGUACACUUUUUGUUGAUUUUGCCAGAUAGUUGAUUUAUAAUAUUUAACUAUAUACAUACCCUCAUCAGUUUUUAGUCGUCUAGUAGUAGUCAAAAGAAAGCUUAUUUUAUGCAUAAUUUAACUGUAUUAGAUUGCCUUUGAACUAUGAACUAGAUGUUCAUAGUUCCCUACAUUUUGUAUGAAAAAUGUGUCUGGCCGCAAUUUAACUAGGCAACCUAUUUGCAAUGUGACACUGUGAGUUUUAUCCAUUAUUUAUUUCUUAUCAAAUAACAAAUGACGGUAUACAGGGUGCUCGGGAGUGUUUCCCAUAACUUCAAGGUGUUGAUUCCACUUAUGGAAGCCGAACUGCUUAUCUAAAAAAUAAAAGCUUUUUAAUUUUCAUACAAAGUAAUAAUUCCGAAUAUCCGCUUAACAUCGCUUUAUCUGUCCUUGCAUUUGAAAAUACGUAAAAAUUAGAUACAUAAAUAUAAGGAUGCAUAUAAGGGAAACAUUUUAAGAUCUAUUUACAAAGUAAAUAUUAUUUACUCCGAAAAUAUUCAUUUUAGAACACAGUCAUGUUCCUUGAACAUUUUGAAUUAAUUUUUGUUAAAGAAUGUAUAUUUCUAAUGCUGGAUUUUAGAACAAUGUAUCACUUAGUUUUAAUUUUAAAAGUUAUGAAUAUAAAGAUGUCUUUAAUGUAGAAAUAUUACCCUAUCUAUAUAUCUAUCUAUCCACAGACUAAGAUAAAGAUGUCUUUUUAUCUCUAAUAAUUACUUUUUCCCUUAAUUUGUUAGAUUUAAGUAUAAUGUACAAAUUAUUAUAAGAAAAUGAGUAUUAAAUAUUUUUCCUCAAUCAAGAAUCUUUAUAUGAUAUUAAUUAACAUACAAUACUAAUCGUCAGACAAAUUCUUUCAUAAUAAUAUCUAUUUAUAUUUACCGACAAAAAAAUUUAACAAAAUUGUAGUUAGUUAUAGUUGAAUAAAAGUUUAAUAAUACAGCCUCAAUAGCUCAACGGUAAGAGCGGUAGGACUCAUCAACGAGGGGUGGUGGUUCGAUCCCCGCUCCGUUGGUCUAUUGUCGUACCCACUCCUAAUACAGUCUUUCCCGACUAGUUGGAGGUGAAUGGGAAUAUUGGUCAAAUUUAAUACAUAUGGCAAAUAUUCUUUAUUUAAAAAAGAAAAGGUUUGUGCAUUGUCAAAUAUGCACCAGCCUUUAUUUCGCAAGUUCAUGGUCUAUUGGUGCAUAGAUAUGUAUGAUUAUUGAACAUACUAAUAACCUAAAAUAAAAAUAUUGUUUGACUUUCAUUAUGUUUUUAUAUUUAAUAUUAUCAUAAAUAUAUUGUUGUUGUUGUGUUAGCACAAAAUUGUGUUUUAAAUAAAUCCAAUUCAGAAACCUA